UGCUGAGUACGUCUUAGUCAAUAGUCAUUAGUCAAUACUCAUUUUUUUUUAUUGAGUAUCCCGACUAUAGUUUGUGAAAUAAAUAAUUAUUGUUAUACAUUGAAUGCAAUUUGGAAAAGUUUUCGAGUUUUAAUUUUUUUUUGGAUAAUGUUCUUAUUUAUUUUUAAUCAGGCGUAAACUGAUUAGGCGAAAAUAGUUAACUAUACACCUACUAUUAAGUGUAUUUUAUAAUGUGUGUCAUUGAUUUCUAGAACAUUUUUGAAGUUUAGUUAUUAAAAUUAUAAUACAAUGGGUAAAAAAGCUCCGAAAAUGAAGAGUGUUACUAAAAGCAAGACAAAGACUCACAAGCAGAAGGUUAAAUCUCAUAAGAAAAACAAAAACAUUUCAAAACAAAAGUAUCGAACAAAACUGCGAUCAGAGAGUCAAGACAAAUUUAAAAAACCGGAUGCACCUCUUACUGACUAUUUGACACACAGGUCAAAUUACAUUGCUGUCCGAUUUAUAUUCGAAUGCGGUAUUAAACUGGGUCUUAAACAUAUAACUAUAUGCUCAGCAGCAGUUUACUUCCAUAAGUUUUAUAAACAUGUGGAUGAAACUACGUAUGACAAUUAUUCUAUAGCUAGUGCAACUUUAUACUUGGCUAGCAAAGUACACGAUGAAACCAUCAGACUUCGAGAUUUGAUAAAUGUGUGUUACCACACAUUACACAGGGAUGCAGCUCCAUUGCGCUUAGCUGAAGAAUAUUGGAACUUCCGGGAUUCCAUUGUGCAUGCUGAAAUGUUAACCAUGAGAUUUGUACAAUUUGACACGACUUUUGAUCAUCCACAUAAUUAUUUUUUGCACUACGUUCAGACUCUACGACCAGUUUUCUAUUCAAAACAUGGCAAGGACAUCAUUGUAUUUAAGAAGGCUUAUGAUUUCUUACACGAUUUCUAUCAUAGCAGCGAUAUUCUUCAGUUUAAGGCACAGCAUAUUGCAAUCGCUUGUAUUGAACUUGCAAUCAAAGUUUAUGGCAUUCCAUCUCAAAUAAUUGAUUAUGAAAUACAACCCUGGUACCAGCAAUUAUUUGCCAAAAAACGUUAUUAUAUUGUCUUCAAAAUAUGAGCAAAAAUUAAAUGUAUGAAAGAUCAUUGGAAUUUGAGAACAAUUUAAUUGAUGUAUAUUUUAGCUGAUUUUUAAAAGGAUACCAAUCAUUUUGAAGUGAUAUGCCUCUUCUGUUUCAACAUAGCAGGAUUGUUGAUUUAAAGACAUAUUUUAAUAACCAUAGAAUAUAAUUUUAUACAGGAUCAUUUACUCUAAGGAUAUUCAGUUCAUUUGAAAAAUAAUGUAUUAAUAUUUAGGACGUCUUAGGAUAUUACUUAAAAAUGUUUUAUUAUCCUUGAACGUUCUAAAAGUAAAAAUUGUAAAGUUUGAUAGAAAUGAGAAAGUAUUGUUUAAGUAGUUUUUAUUUUUUAUCUUACUAAAACUUAAUACUCAUUUUUUUUUAAUAAUAAUUGUAAUAUGACUUUUUUUAAGGCAUUGGUUGAAGAUUUGGACAAGGAUACACUUUGGAGUGUUAUGGCUGCGAUCAUGGACACAUACGAUCUCGAGUCAACCACCGACUAAAAGC